AGUCACCCUGGGGGCUGUGUCACGACCCUUCCUCUCCAGCAUCUCUGCUCUCACCCUCCUCAUCCUCACGGAUGACCUGCAGCCUCCUGUUCCUCCCAGUCUGGAGGUCCCCGAGGUCCCCGCGGUCCCCAGGAGAGGGGACAGCCCCCGGUGGUCCCCCCAGUGCCUCUUCACAUCCCUUCCUUGUGUCCUCAAGCCUCUUCCAGCCUGUGCCAGGCGUGUCACCUUCGAGGACGAGGUGAUGCCAGCGCGAGGACCCUCGGGGAGGGUCUGUCCUGCCAAGGCACGGGAGAAAACAGGGGACAGGUCUGUCCUCCCCACGCUGUCACACUCCAUCCCGGACUAUGUGGUGAGAUACCCAACGAUCCGGAGCCUCCAGCAACGAGAGGGGUACAAAGGAGUCUUCCAGGACCAGCUGGCAGAAUAUAUGGAUCUGCUCCAGGAGCUCCGUGCCAAAUGUCACCCCCCGAGCAGGACGGAUUCAGCCUGGCUGGAGAAGCAGCAGCGCUGUGAGUACCUGAAGAAGAAGCUGACGCACCUCAAGGCGCAGAUCCAGGAGUACGAUCGUGUCACCCUCCCCAGCGCUGGUGGCUCCUGA